AUGAAUGAUGAAUUUUCAACUACUAAAGAUAAUUAUAUGUCCAGUGAUGAGGAUUUCUUUAUCAUCAAAAACAGACCUACACUUGACAAUAAUAAUCAAAAUAAAUCUGAUCUUGAUGGUUAUAAUCAACAAAACGAAAUUGAUAAUUCCAUUGAAAAUAGUCAGAUUAUUCAAACCAAUAACAAAUUCUCAAUCGAAAAUGAAUUCCAAAUUUUUAAUCAAUUUAAUGAUUCAAUAAACAAAUCUUUUAUCGAUGAAUAUAUGACAAGUAAUUUCUUUACUAUCAAAAAUGGACUGGGGUUUAACAUCGAUAAUUAA